GUCUCUGCCCAGCAACUGUAAAUCUUGCUCCCCCUCUCUCCAUCUGGCUCACUUCUCUGAUCAAUCGUUGAAACCUUGCUCGAUUCUCUCCAAAACCCAGAGCCAUUAAUUUUCAUUUGAUCCGUUUCAUCUCUUUGACAAAUUUCUAGAAAUAUUAUUAUUAUUUUUGUCCGUCUUUUUGUUUUCUUUGAUGUGCAUUUGGAACGUUCUGAUUUGAUCACGGACAUGUGAGGGGGACAAAUUAAGGAAAAGAUUGUAUCCUCUAAUCGAAGAAGUGGGUACCUUAAAGCUUUCACCUUUCUGGAGGACUGGAUUGAAAUCUUAGAUAGCUAGUUUUCCCUGCACUUGGGUUCGUAAGAAAGCAGCCACUUUAGGGUCGUGGAAGUUACUACCUUUUGUGCAACUGAAACUGCCCUUCGAGAUUCUUCUGGGGACCUCUUCCCUCAGAUAUUUUUUUCCUCAUCUGGGGAAAGAAGUGCAGUUUGAUUGUUUGGGUGUUUAGUUCUUAUCAAUUUUGUUAGUUUGUCUAUAUACAUCAAUAAAUAUGGUCUGUUAGCGCGUUGUUAAAAAGAUUGAAUAAUGGCGCAUUACACAGAAGAGGAACAAACCGAGGAUUACCUUUUCAAGAUUGUUUUAAUUGGUGAUUCAGCUGUAGGUAAAUCGAACUUACUGGCUAGAUUUGCAAGAGAUGAGUUUUACCCUAAUUCAAAAUCAACUAUUGGGGUAGAGUUUCAGACCCAGAAGAUGGAAAUUAAUGGGAAGGAAGUCAAGGCUCAGAUUUGGGACACAGCUGGUCAGGAGCGGUUCAGGGCUGUUACAUCUGCAUAUUACCGAGGUGCAGUUGGAGCUCUUCUGGUCUACGACAUCAGUCGACGCCAGACCUUUGAUAGCAUUGGCAGAUGGCUUAAUGAACUUCACACUCAUUCUGACAUGAACGUAGUUACAAUACUCGUCGGAAAUAAAUCCGACCUCAAAGAUGCUCGGGAGGUCACAACUGCUGAAGGCAAGGAUUUGGCUGAGGCACAAGGCCUGUUCUUCAUUGAAACUUCAGCUCUAGAUUCCUCCAAUGUUACUGUUGCCUUUCAGAUGGUAGUCAAAGAGAUUUACAGCAUUUUAAGUCGGAAAGUUAUUCAAUCUCAAGAACUCAAACGCAAUGAUCCCAGCUGGAUGGCAGAUGGGAAAACCGUUGUUUUACAGGCUGAUGGUACCCAAGAAGUGGAUGGACAAGCGAAGAACGGUUGCUGUUGAGUUCUGUUGAUUUUUAACAGUAUGAAGAAAUUUCAGUUCCAUGGACCUCUGAUUUUCUUAAGCGCUUUCCACACAUCUUUUUUUAGUUGUAACUUUAUUUACUCUUACUGAUGAAAUUGUAGUGAACAGUUUUUGUUUUCUUUUUCUGGGCAAUUGUAGAAUCUAUUUGGAAGUAGCAUUCUUUUGUGGCA